GCUGACCGUCAUUAUCAGCACUUUUAUUACUGGGGGACCGGGUAGGGAGACUGGGGGGUGUGCAGCAGAGCUACUCAGCCCCAAGCCACUCUGGAGCGAACAUAAAUUAGGGGGAGAGAGAUUCUCCACCGACACGUUUUGAGUGGACGUGCUCCAGACGCACACCCGGACCCUGUGGUCCCGCCGAAGCUGCAGUGUUGGGGGGUAUUUUAAAUGGCUCUUACUUGGGAGGAGGCGUGAUUUCCACGUUCGAGCGUCUUCGCUCCCCACCCCCUCUCGGCACCAGCCAGUGCGCGCCACCACCUGAGCCUGGCGAGAGCCGGGGCGCACGCAGUCUUCAGCCAGCUCCUUUCCGCCGCUGGGGAGACUUGGCUCUCAGCGGGCCCGCCCGACGCCCCCCGCCCCCCUGGGAGAACUCUUUACUUUUUGUUUGGAAAAUCGGGGCCAUUUCUUUAUUUAUCUCUGGGUCUCCCAGGAAGAGGACAGAGGAGGGGAGCGUGAGCUCGGCGGGCCGGGACGGGGGAGGGGAGCGAGAUGAGGGGAGGGGACUGGGUGUAGCCUGGAAUUCUCCGUCCUCGUGUUCCUGGGCUGGCGCGCAGAGUCUCCCGGCGGUAGCGCCGCGGCCGCCGCCGCUCCCCGCGCCACCCCGUCGUUGGCCUCGGGGGUCGGGAUGCUGCGGCAGGUUCUGCACAGGGGCUUGAGGACGUGUUUCUCCCGGCUCGGCCACUUCAUUGCCAGUCACCCGGUCUUCUUCGCCUCGGCGCCGGUGCUCAUCUCCAUCCUGCUCGGCGCCAGCUUCAGCCGCUACCAGGUCGAGGAGAGCGUGGAGCACCUGCUGGCGCCCCAGCACAGCCUGGCCAAGAUCGAGCGCAACCUCGUCAACAGCCUCUUCCCGGUCAACCGCUCCAAGCACCGGCUCUACUCGGACCUGCAGACCCCUGGGCGCUACGGCCGGGUCAUCGUCACCUCCUUCCAAAAAGCCAACAUGCUGGACCAGCAUCACACAGACCUGAUCUUAAAGUUGCAUGCUGCUGUGACCAAGAUCCAGGUUCCAAGGCCUGGUUUUAAUUACACGUUUGCCCAUAUAUGUAUCCUGAAUAAUGAUAAGACUUGCAUCGUGGAUGACAUAGUGCAUGUCCUGGAAGAGCUAAGGAAUGCUCGGGCCACCAAUCGGACCAAUUUUGCUAUCACAUACCCAAUCACUCACUUAAAAGACGGGAGGGCCGUGUACAAUGGGCAUCAGCUUGGGGGUGUCACCGUGCACAGCAAGGACCGGGUGAAAUCUGCAGAGGCCAUCCAACUCACCUACUACCUGCAGUCAAUCAACAGUCUCAAUGACAUGGUGGCUGAGAGGUGGGAGUCCAGCUUCUGCGACACUGUCAGACUGUUCCAGAAAUCCAACAGCAAAAUCAAAAUAUACCCUUACACGUCCUCAUCACUGAGGGAAGAUUUCCAGAAGACCAGCCGUGUGUCAGAACGUUACCUGGUCACCAGCCUGAUCCUGGUGGUCACUAUGGCCAUCCUCUGCUGCUCUAUGCAGGACUGCGUCCGCAGCAAACCCUGGCUAGGUCUGCUCGGGUUGGUGACCAUAAGCCUGGCCACUCUCACUGCAGCUGGGAUCAUCAAUCUUACUGGUGGGAAAUACAAUUCCACCUUCCUGGGAGUCCCUUUCGUCAUGCUAGGUCAUGGAUUAUAUGGGACCUUUGAAAUGUUAUCCUCCUGGAGGAAAACUAGAGAAGACCAACAUGUUAAAGAGAGAACUGCAGCAGUCUAUGCGGACUCCAUGCUCUCCUUUUCUCUCACCACUGCCAUGUACUUGGUCACCUUUGGCAUAGGGGCCAGCCCUUUCACAAACAUUGAGGCAGCCAGGAUUUUCUGCUGCAAUUCCUGUAUUGCAAUCCUCUUCAACUACCUCUAUGUACUCUCGUUUUAUGGUUCCAGCCUGGUGUUCACUGGCUACAUAGAAAACAAUUACCAGCAUAGUAUCUUCUGUAGAAAAGUCCCAAAGCCUGAGGUAUUGCAGGAGAAGCCAGCAUGGUACAGGUUUCUCCUGACGGCCAGAUUCAGUGAGGACACAGCUGAAGGUGAGGAAGCGAACACUUACGAGAGUCACCUAUUGGUAUGUUUCCUCAAACGCUAUUACUGUGACUGGAUAACCAACACCUAUGUCAAGCCUUUUGUAGUUCUCUUUUACCUUAUUUAUAUUUCCUUUGCCUUAAUGGGCUAUCUGCAGGUCAGUGAAGGGUCAGACCUCAGUAACAUCGUAGCAACUGCGACGCAAACCAUUGAGUACACUACUGCCCAGCAAAAGUACUUUAGCAACUACAGUCCUGUGAUUGGGUUUUACAUAUAUGAGUCCAUAGAAUACUGGAACACUAGUGUCCAAGAAGAUGUUCUAGAAUACACGAAGGGGUUUGUGCGGAUAUCCUGGUUUGAGAGCUAUUUAAAUUACCUUCGGAAACUCAAUGUAUCCACUGGCUUGCCUAAGAAAAAUUUCACAGACAUGUUGAGGAAUUCCUUCCUGAAAGCCCCCCAAUUUUCACAUUUUCAAGAGGACAUCAUCUUCUCUAAAAAGUACAAUAAUGAGGUCGAUGUAGUGGCCUCCAGAAUGUUUCUGGUGGCCAAGACCAUGGAAACAAACAGAGAAGAACUCUAUAAUCUCUUGGAAACUCUGAGAAGACUUUCUGUCACCUCCAAGGUGAAGUUCAUCGUCUUCAAUCCAUCCUUUGUGUUCAUGGAUCGAUAUGCCUCCUCUCUGGGAGCCCCGCUGCACAACUCCUGCAUCAGUGCUUUGUUCCUGCUAUUCUUCUCAGCAUUCCUGGUGGCAGAUUCUCUGAUUAAUGUCUGGAUCACUCUAACCGUUGUGUCCGUGGAGUUUGGAGUGAUAGGUUUCAUGACAUUAUGGAAAGUAGAACUGGACUGCAUUUCUGUGCUAUGCUUAAUUUAUGGAAUUAAUUACACAAUUGACAAUUGUGCUCCACUGUUAUCCACAUUUGUUCUGGGCAAGGAUUUUACAAGAACUAAAUGGGUAAAAAAUUCCCUGGAAGUGCAUGGGGUAGCUAUUUUACAGAGUUACCUCUGCUAUAUUGUUGGUCUGAUUCCUCUUGCAGCUGUGCCUUCAAAUCUGACCUGUACACUGUUCAGGUGCUUGUUUUUAAUAGCAUUUGUCACCUUCUUUCACUGCUUUGCCAUUUUACCUGUGAUACUGACUUUCCUGCCACCCUCUAAGAAAAAAAGGAAAGAGAAGAAAAAUCCUGAAAACAGGGAGGAAAUUGAGUGUGUAGAAAUGGUGGAUAUUGAUAGUACCCGAGUGGUUGACCAAAUUACAACAGUGUGAUAGUGUCUGCUUGGUAUAUUUGCACCUUAGGUCUUAUCAAGAGCAAGGAGGUUAUAUUAAUGAAACAAUUAAAUUCAAAUUUGUUCCUUUUUUAAAGGAUACUAAACAGGCAUUGCCAAAAGAAUAAAAGGAAAAAACAAGGAGGGAAGGUGGGAAUGGCAUAUUUUCAAUCUUUAAAACAAAAGAUUGUUAUGAGAAUUUACACACAUACAGAGAGAUUUUUAGGAGACUCACAGUCUCUUAAACUAAGAUCAAAUAGAAGAAAGCUUAUUAACAAGCAGGAUCCUAUUUUAUCCACACUACAGAUAAUGCUGGUAUUGUGACAAAACCUACUGAUUGAAGGGUCAACUGCAAAGGCAGAAAUAGCUUUAAACAUUGUUCAAACAAUAAGGCUUCCAGAAUGCCUGCACAGCAGUAGUUCCAGUCAUGGUCUGUGGUUUGAAGUCCUAGCCACCUCACCUAGCUCCCUGCCACCCAAGGACACAUUUGUGAAAGUUCUGACCAGCAAAAAGCAAGCCAGAGCCUUGAAAACAGACAUGUGAUAGGGUGGCCAUCACCCUUGGACUGAAAUUGAGUUACCAUUAAAUUCACCCAGGUGAGGGAGUUUUGUUGUCUAGAAUGAAUUUAUAAUAUUCCCCCAUUGGUAUACUUUUAACAUUUGUAUAGUUUGGUUAAUACACCUUGAAACCAAUGACAGCUCCAGCAUUGCAGACUUGGUGUGAUUAUAUUUUGUAAUAGCUUGUCGCUUGUCACCAAAUAAGCCUGCUUUAUUAGUAACAAACAGCUCUCGGCAGGAGGGACAGAGGACCCAAAACCACACAGCCAAAUCCAAAUACCUGGCAUGACAGAGGAAAAGUAGGUGUAUACUUAACCCAAACACAGUGUCUCUAUUUUGACAAAAACAAUAGCCAGCUGGUACAGCUGUUUGUGGUUUGGCCCAACAUGCAUUUUUUGCAUGGAUGCCCAGAAACAUCUGCCCGCAUAUAGUUGAGGAAAGAAAAAUGAACGCUGAAAUAGUUAUUUGCUAUAGCUUCCAACUUGUAGUGCAAGUCUGCUUUUGCUUUGAGACAUGCCUGUUCAGAGGCUUAAAUGGGGAAGAGGGAAAUAUUUGGUAAUUCGAAGUGCUAACACUGAGAAUCUUUGUAGAAGUGCAGGGAGAUGGCCCAAAAGGAUAUAGAUUAGAUGGAAAUGGCUGGGGAAAGUAAUCACCAAUGCUAAUCUAUCAAUGAUAGCAGUCAAACUUUCCUGCUAAACUGGCUGCACCUCACCCUCUUUGUCCCCCUACACACCUUUUUUGGUGCUCCCUCUACUUCAUCAUAGCAAGACUCUUCUGUACAUUAAGAAGCCUAGAUGCUUAUACUGUUGGCUUCUAGUGUCUAUAGGGGGAUGGUUCACAGAUCGAAACAGAAAUGGUUUGAUCUGAAGAAGCUGUGUAUGUUGCCCCAAAUCCCACCCCCUGUAUUUCUUUAUUAAAAGUGAAGCUAAAGCCUGGUUACAUUUGAAGCAGAUAUCUACAAUAUUUUUCCCUUUUAGAGAUGUAGCUUAUUUAGACAUCUAUAGUGGUAAGCAUGUCCCAAAAGCAUCUUACCUUUCUGGACCUUAGCAGACAUACUGUGCAACUUCCUCAUCCUCCACAGAGGAGGAAACUGAGACCUAGGAGAACAAAGUGACUCAUUCAGGUCACACUACUGGAGGAUUUCCAUCAUUUUAGCAUGCCGAAGACAGGGCAGGCCAAUUUUAGGUUUUCUUAUAAGAUGGCUAUUACUCCCCUCAACGUAUAUUUCUAAGGAAGAAACCUAAGACAUUAUUGGCCACAGGGAAGACUUUUUUUAAUGCCUGGGAUUAAAUUAUGUGGGAUUUAGGUUGGCCAUUAUCUUUUGAAACAACAAAAAAAGUCCAAAUGAUUCAGAUGUAACCACACCAAGUGCAAACCUGUGCUUUCUAUUUCAUGUAUUGUUGUCCACAUAGUUCUAAAUACAUGUGCAGGAGAUCAUAGCUAGUGCAUUACACACUUACUCAGUCUCCCCUGCAGACACACUAAACAAUCAUACCAACAUGUUAUGCACUCAACUAGAUGAUAAUAAGCUUUAAUCUGAGGACAAGUACAGUCCUCACAAAAGGGCAAGUUUGCAUAAUAGAUACUCGAUCAAUUCUCUCCAAGGAGCCUGCAACUAGGCUAUUAUUUAUAAAACACAACUGAAGAGGGGAUUGGUCUUAUUCUUAAAUCACAUGUUGUUAAAUCAUUUUCUGAACAGUGUGUUCUAAAUCAGUCAUUGAUUUAGUGUCAACCACGUGGAGCACCUCAGCUUAAAGCGACUCCACAAAACUGACACAACACACACACCAAUUAAAUGGAUUUUGUUGAGAAUUUAAUCAUUCAAUUUGGUCAACCAGGAUGACUUACUGUGGAACUUUGUUCUAUGACAGAUAGUUUUCCAACUUGAUUGAGUCUCUGUACACCCUGGGAUAUUGUAUUUUUAAAUGAAGAGCAUUUUCAAACUUGUCAACUUCGCUUUUCAGCACUUGAAAUUAAGGCUUAUGGAAUUCUGACUGAAAUGAAUUUUUCUAUUGGGGGACUAUGCAUGCCAAGAUUUAUCAUUUAUUGUUCGAUAAUUAUUAUUUAUUUGUUAAUAUUGAUUAUUGAUUAUUGCUCUGACAGCAUUGGUUUAGCCCCACUAUGGAGAAAACACUUUAGAAAUAAUUCAGAAUCACCUCCUCAUAAAAUUUAAGUCUUUACUUCAUCAAGUUUUACUUUUUGAAUUGCUAUAAAGAGGGAAGGAGUGAUCCCAGCAAACACUUGAAGAAGUUUUUUUUUUUUUCUUUCCAUUAAUUCCAACCAAGACAUUAAUGUCCACUUUACCAAAGACACCUAUUUGGUUGGUUUUGAGUUGGUAUUUGUUGUUUACCAAAGAAAAAUAUUCCAUUCAUCAAAAAUAUUUCUCCUGGUCAACUAAAAAACCGUGAUACUUGGGCUUUCUUGGCCAUUCAUAAGGAAAAUGAAAAUGUCAGGGUAAGGGUGAUAUUCUCUCAUUUAGUGAAACUCAGCAGAAAAUACAAAUUCACAAGGAACUUGGGGUUUUUAAGAAAGAAAAUGAUACUUGAAAUAGGGCAUUAUCGUUUAGUCCUACAGCAAUGUUCCAAUAAGUAGCAUCCGGGCUCUUCAGGCUAAAAGAAAUACAGUUUGUUCCAGAGAGAAAAUAAGAUAAACCCUCAUGAAAAUUCCUCUCCAUUGUUCCAGCUCAUAAAUUUUGUUUUGUUUGGGGUUUGGGGUUUUGGGGGGGUUUUUUGUUGUUUGUUUUGCUUGGGUUUGGUUCGUGAUUUUUGUUUGUCUGUGUUUGCUUGUUUUACUUCUGCCUUUCCUACCACUUAUGCCCCCUCAAUUUUCAGUCAGAAGUGAGAUAAUAAGAUGCCAUCCCCCAUGGCCACAGUUCUUUAUGCAAUAUACUGCUCUAAACAAGCCCCUUGGUAACCCUUUUGUUUUAACUAACCACUACCCAAUUAUAAGUGGCAUUCUGAGACCACAUGCCACCACUUUUCUCCAGCACCAGUGACAGAGCUUGGCUGUGUCCAUCACAAGAACAGGUAGGAUGGGCCUUGGGGGUGUGGCAUGAGGCAAAGCCUUCUGAACACAAAUGGUAUGUUCCUCAUAAUGGCUUUAUUACUUUGGAUCCUAUUAAAAUACCCUUGCAGCUUGUAUUAAUAGUAGUGUUUGACUUCUGUAACUCUCUGUUUUCUCAUCUGUAAAAUGAGGAUAAUAACAGUAAAUAUCUUUAAAUUCAACAAAUACUGAGUGCCUAAUAUUUCCCAGAUGCUGUUCUAGAGACUGGGGACAAAAGAGUGAACAAAUCGGAUUUUAAAAAUCUGCCCUUGUAGAGCCUACGUUCGAGUGACAUUGCAAGUUUACUGGGAGGAUUGAGUGAGAUGACAUUUGGAAAGUACUCGUGGCAAGGCCUGACAAAGAGAAGAAACUCAAGACAUUAUUAUUUUUAAUUCAUCAAUUUCACACAGUAGCAUUGGGGCUCGGGUUAUAAAACUACAAAGAAGUAGAUUUGGGUCCAAGAUUAGGGCUAUACAAAGAUGAAAUGAGUUGCUACAGAAGGUACUUAAUUCCCAGUCAUUUUAGGACAUUCAAAAUUAGGCUGGAUUACCACUUAAUGGGGCAACUGUAAUGGUGGUGCAAACCUUGGAUGUUGGGGUUAGACUAUGAUCUUUGAAAAAAGGAUAUACGUGCACUUGGGCUUGGGAGUAGGGGGACACAUCACUGAUAAAUAACUAUGCCUGGCUUGUCUGACGGAAUCUGAACAUUCCCUUUGCAUAAUCUGCUUUUAAGUUUGUGCUGAAUAAAAAGCACCAGGUAUUUGAGGACAUAAAGUUACUAUUUUUAAAAAGAAUGUUAAAGCUGCAAUACAAAGAAAAAUGUUAAGUUAGUACUAUAGUGGAUUCGCUGGCAAAGAAUUGGGAAUGGAUGCAGUCAACACAUUGCAGAGUUCCUCCCUGUGGUGGUUACAACUGUUUAUUUCUGUUUCAUGCCAGUCCAGGAGAAAGCAAAGAGGAAAGUGAAUGAGCUAGAAUCUGUUCACCUGAAUAAGCAGUGUCAGAAUGUCCUCCCCAGCCUGCCUCUCACCUGCCCCCUUUCUGCCCAGGUGAUCUGUUUGAAGUCCUCUUUGAUAUCUAUGAGGGUAUCAUGCAAGGAAGAGGAAGUGAGGUGACCAGAGAGCUAUGGCCUCUGCAGAUUUUUGAGUUAGAUUAAAAUUAGCACCACCUGAUUAGGAGCCUAGCUGGUGGGGAAAGAAGCCUUCUUUUCAAAAUACAAAGAAAACAAUGUGUACCAAGGAGGCAACCUGCAGAGAAACCUUGGUGGAAGGAGUGAUGUUCCUGUGGAAUCAGCUUCUUCUCCUUCCAGAAUGUUGACACCAAAUUAAUGUUUGGAUAGAAUUAAGCCUACCCCCUUUUCUUUUCACAUGAGAAAACUGAAAUCUAGAGAAAUGAAAUUAUAUUCACAGAGCUAGUUAGAAGCAGAUAUGGGACUACAAUUAAAGUCCAUUUCCUAGCCCCAGUUCUUUCUCCAUUCUUCCACUUUACUGCCAAAUUCUAUGUAUCUAAAUUAUGAGGUCUUAACCUGAGGAUCAUUAAUGAGUUGGUAGAAGGGGAAACUCUAAGCUCCCUAAAAUUACAUUAUAUGCAAAAACGUGUAUAUGUUCAGCAUGUGAAUUUCCCUGAAGAGAGAACUCAUAGCUGUCAUCAGAUUCCAAAAGAAGUCUGUGACCUAAAAAGGGUGAAGAACCACUGUCCCAAAUAAAGACCUCAUUGGGAGUGUGA